UGGUUGGCGAAAUUGGGCCACCGGUAGGAUGUGAAGAUAGGCUCAUGUUGGACACCGGAUAUGGGGUUGAACUGUAGGGUCUUGAUGUAAAGAUUGGGGACCCCGAGCCGCUGAACGAGCCAGUAGGUGCGGCGGUAGGUCCGCCGGAAUUGGUAGAGUUGGACAAUGGGUAUGGAGCUGAGUUCGAAAUGCUGCCUGUUGGAGUAGGGAUAAGACCCGUUCCAGAGCUGGAAAUUGUCCCUGUCACAGGCGUAGUAGAAGGGAGAACACUACCGGUUCCAUUCGAGAGAGGGAACGUCGCAGUGCUACCAGGUGCGUCAAAGGAGGACCCGGCUGGCGUUGUGAAAAAUGGAACUGUCAACGAGCCAGCCCCUGGGGAUGCCCCUGUUGGUGCUGGUUGGACAGUACUGUUGGUCAAGGGAUAGGGGGCAGAGAUACCAGUAUCAAGUUGGCUUGUAAAGAUUCCUCCCGAGAGGGAAGACCCGACAGGACUAAUCGACGUCCCAAUGCUACCAGUUGGACCUUGUGUCACCGUCGAGUUUGAUAGCGGGAAAGGAGCUUCGCUGGUAGGGGACGUCAGGGCAGUAUUUGUC